AUGGCACAAGAUCCACGUGCGCUUCUCCAAAAAGCCGACAAAGCCCUGUCUGGCGCCUCGGGAGGCUUCAGCUGGUUCGGGGGACGCGCUGAGAAAUACGAAAAUGCGGCCGAUCUCUUCACUCAAGCCGCAAAUGCCUUUCGUGUCCAGAAGAUGAGUAAGAGAGUUCUUCCCCCUCCGGCCCAAAAUCGCCCUCGUCUCCCCGCAGAUCCACGCCGAGUAGCUAUCCCCCCAUCGUCUUUGAAGAUCAUACUCAAUGAAAGUUUUCAUGCAACAGACAAGGAAGCCGGCCAGGCUUUCGAAAAGGCCGCCGCCAUCCAAACCCAAAACCUCAACGAGCCCGAUGACGCAGCGAAUACUCUUCAGGAAGCUUUCAAGGUGUAUCGCAAGUCCGACCCGGAGGAUGCUGCCCGUGUUCUGACGAGUGCGAUCAACCACUACGUUCUGCGCGGAAACCUCCGCCGCGCUGCGACGCAGCAACAAUACCUUGCAGAGCUGUACGAAGCUGAAGUGGGUGACAUGAAGAAGGCUUUGGAGGCAUAUGAGAAGGCAGCGGAGUGGUUUGAAGGCGAUAAUGCCGAGGCACUCGCGAAUAAGCACUAUCUGAAGGUGGCUGAUCUGGCCGCCCUGGAAGGUGAUUACUACAAGUCCAUCACAAACUAUGAACGCAUUGCCCGCCAGUCAAUCGCGAACAACUUGAUGAAGUGGUCUGUGAAGGACUAUCUCUUGAAGGCAGGGAUCUGCCACCUGGCUACAAAGGAUAUGGUCGAGGCCACCCGAGCUCUCGAAACGUACCGUGAGAUCGACCCGUCAUUCUCUUCAACUCGCGAGCACCAACUUCUUGUGGAUCUACUGCAGGCGGUCGAGGGAGGAGACCAGGAAGCCUUUGCCGAUAAAUUAUUCCAGUUCGAUCAGCUCAGCAAGCUCGACAAGUGGAAGACUACCCUCUUGCUUCGGGUCAAGAACAACAUUGAAGAGGCGGAAGAGGAUUUCUCCUAG